UUUUAUUGCAGCCGGCGGAGCUCUCAGCUGUGAUUCUCACGCUGCUGAUGACAGACUGUACUUCGUCCUCACCGGGUCGCUGGUGCAGCCAUUCAACUCCCCAUGCAUGCUUCACACAGCCUCAACGGAAACCGCCUGCAACACCUCAGUGGAAGGAUUUAAUGGUACUUUCGUACUGGAAUAACUUUACUACCCCUUUUUGGUUUUUUUGCGCCUCUUGGCUCGGUGUCGCUCCGUCUUCUUCCGCCGACACUUUACGAUCUAAAAAAAAAGCUUCACAAUAAGGAACGAGACCACAAGACAACAGAGACAAAAUGCCGCUGAAUUCAAGUUUGGCGAGUAAAAACUAUGACUACGAUUACGACUCUCUUCAACCGUAUUUCUAUUACGACAACGAGGAGGAGGAUUUCUACCCUCAGCAGCUUCAGCCUCCGGCACCGAGCGAAGACAUCUGGAAGAAAUUUGAACUGCUGCCGACCCCUCCCCUCUCCCCGAGCCGCCGGCCGUCCCUGUCAAGCCUCUUCCCCUCCACGGCGGAUCAGCUGGAGAUGGUGACCGAGUUCCUGGGCGACGACGUGGUCAACCAGAGCAUCAUUUGCGAUGCCGACUACUCCCAGACCUUCCUCAAGUCCAUCAUCAUCCAGGACUGCAUGUGGAGCGGCUUCUCCGCCGCGGCCAAGCUGGAGAAGGUGGUCUCCGAGCGGCUCGCCUCCCUGCACGCCGCGAGGAAGGAGUCGGCGGCCGGCGAGCCCUGCCCGGAGCCCCCGGGCGCCGCUGCGUGGCGGCUGAACAGCUGCUACCUGCAAGACCUGAACACGUCCGCGGCGGAAUGCAUUGAUCCGUCUGUGGUUUUCCCCUACCCGAUGGCGGAGACGCCCAAGCAGAGCGCCGGGACGCCGCCCAGCAAGGAUUUGGGACUGGAGACGCCGCCGAACAGCGGCAGCAGCAGCAGCAGCAGCAGCAGCUGCAGUGACUCAGAAGAUGAUGAGGAGGAGGAGGAUGAUGAUGAGGAGGAGGAGGAGGAGGAGGAGGAGGAAGACGACGAGGAUGAGGAGGACCAGGAGGACGAGGAGGAGAUCGAUGUGGUCACUGUGGAGAAGAGGCAGGCGGUGAAGCGGUGUGACCCCAGCCCUGCAGAGAGCAGGCAUCCCAGCCCGCUCGUGCUGAAGAGGUGCCACGUCUCCACCCACCAGCAUAAUUACGCCGCCCAUCCAUCCAUGAGGCACGAGCAGCCGGCUGUCAAGAGGCUGAAGCUGGAGAGCAGCAACAGCAGCAGCAGCAACAGUGGUGGUGGUGGUGGAAGUGGUGUCCACAGCAGGGUCCUCAAACAGAUCAGCACCAACCGCAAGUGUUCAAGCCCGCGGACGUCCGACACGGAGGACUACGACAAGAGAAGGACUCAUAACGUUCUGGAGCGUCAGAGGAGGAACGAGCUCAAGUUGAGCUUUUUCGCCCUGCGGGAUGAGAUCCCCGAGGUGGCCAACAACGAGAAGGCGGCCAAAGUGGUGAUCCUGAAGAAGGCCACGGAGUGCAUUUACAGCAUGCAGACGGACGAACAGAGACUCCUCUCGCUCAAAGAACAGCUGAGGAGGAAAAGUGAAUUUUUAAAGCAGAGACUCGCACACCUGCAGAGCUCUCGUGCUUAAAGUUUGAAUCAUCAUAGACUUUUUGGCCUUUUGUUUUUUAUGCAAGUUCAAGACUUGGGGUGUACAGUUGUUGUUGUUGUUGCAUGCAAAUGCAAAGCGGAUUAAGUUGUUUGGAAUCUUGUUUGAUUUCAAUGUUAAAACUGCCUCAAUUGAAGUUCUGGGUGGAUUAAAUAUUUAAAAGUUUAUUUUUAUUAAUAAAAUGUAAAAAAAAAAAAUUAAAAAAAUGGGGCUAUAUCCUGUUGAGGGGGCCCAAACUAAAAUAUACAUUUUUACGUUUUGUAUAUAAUUAAUAUUUCCUAAGAAAAUGUAUUUUUGGAUCUCAAUUGUCUGGAUGUUCAGACCCAGUGUUUUGGUUUUUUCCAUUAUGUUCCUAGAUUCUUUUUGAAAUAUAAAAAAUGUUUCUUCUUGA